AUGUGUGUCAAGGUCGUGCAUCCGGAGCUUACACUUCGGGCCAUUAUUCACCGCUUUGACAACGAUCAGCGUGGUAAUGUUCGGGUAAGUUUACGACUACACAUACUUGAUGUACAACUAGCUGAUGAACUGGAUGAGUAUGCUGAAAUGAGUAUUGAACCGGAUGAAUCGUACACAGGUUACGAAUACCGGAUAAAAUAA